AAAGAAGCGAAUGUUAUGCUUUCCUUCCCUCGGCACAGACUGUGCUGGCCUCAGACAACAUAUGGAAUUACAGCACAGGGGCAGACUCUAAGACCAGACCAGCAGGAGAGCGAUUCGCUAGGAGCUACGGCGGAUGUGAGCCCCCCCGUGUCCGUGGCAGUCCCUCAGGCCGCCCCCAUGGACCUGCGCGUGGGCCAGCGGCUGGUGCGGCCCGGCUCGGAGACCGCCAUGCUGACGCCCCUGCCCCACCCCCUGCUCCUCGGCCCGUUCCCCAGCCCCCAGCCCUGCGCGCAGAUCUCCCAGCACCAGCUGCACCAGCAGAUCCGGUUUAACAUGGAGCAGCGGCGACGAGAGCAAGAGCAGGAAAAACAGCAGGAAUUGCAGCAGCUGUGGCACAAGGACAAAAGCAAGCAGAGUGCUGUGGCCAGUACAGCUGUCAAACAGAAACUACAGGAAGUGAUCCUCAAGAAACAGCAGGCUGCCUUGGAGCGUACCAACUCCAACCCCUUGAGCAACCCCCCUGUAGCCUACAGGGCGCUGGCUCCGGACCCCGAUGUCCCCCCUCCCUCUCUGAUGGUGCCCCCCCCACCGCAGCCACCCAGCGACUCCCCAGAAGACAUUCCGCUGCGCCGGACAGCCUCCGAGCCCAACCUGAAGGUGAAGAACAAACUGAAGAAGCACCUGGGCACCAGGAAGAGCCCCCUGACCCGCAAGGAGAGCGCCCCUCCGACUGUGAAGCAGAGAGCCCCCGAGACUAUGGACUCCUCUCCCAGCAGCAGCAGUACCCCCGUCUCCGGCUGCAGCUCCCCCAACGACAGCCUGCCCACGGAGAACGGAGUGCUACCCCCGACCGCUGGAGUGUCCCAUGAGGCACAGAGGCUGCUGCUCCAGGAUGGCACGCUGGCACACUUCACUGUGCAGAACCCCUCCGCUCUUCCCACCAUCACACUGGGCCUGCCAGCCAACGCCAAGGGCGAUGCAGAAAUGGGCUCCCUGAAAGCAGCCCGGCUGCCCGUGCUGACGGGGGCGGCCCCCCAGGUGUACAUGCCCGUGGGGCUGGAGGACACGACUGGGCACCUGUCGCCUCGCCUGCAGCCGGUGGUCAUCCUGGAGCCCUCAGGUCUGAUUUCCACCCCCUUGGUCACCGUUCCAGGGCUGGGUCCCAUGCCCCUGCAGUUCGCCCCCCAGCUCGACAGGGUGGCCGCCCUGGGUCCCCACAAGCCCCUGAGCCGCACUCGCUCGGAGCCGCUGCCCCAGAGCCCCCGGCCCCUCCACCAGCAGCUGCUGCAGCAGCACCAGCACAGCCAGCUGCUGGAGAGGCUCAAGCAGCAGACGCACCUGGGCAAGCUGAUGUCCAAGCCCAGUGAGAAGCCUCGGCUCAGGCAGAUCCCCUCAGAGGACAUGGAUUCUGAGGAGGCGGGUUUGACCGACACCCACCAGCGACGCCCCAGGGCGGAGUCACUACGGGAGGCGGAGUCUAGUGGAGCAGAGGGGGCGGGUGAACAGGAGCAGCACCAGCAGAUAAACAUCCAGCAUGCGCUUAUUCUCAAUCAGCAGUCGUUACUCUGGGAGAAGCAGAAACAGCUCCAGCAGCUCCGCCGGCACACGGCACAGAUGGAGACGCUGGCGGUUCCCAUGGUGCUCAGCGCUCACCGCCCUCUGUCCCGCACCCAGUCCUCCCCGGCCUCCGCCACCAUCACGAUCCCGGACAAGAGCCUCGCGCUGCCUGUCCAGGAAUCGCCCACCAAGCCUCGCUUCACCACAGGCCUUGUGUACGACUCACAGAUGCUGAAGCACCAGUGCACCUGCGGCGACAACAGCACUCACCCGGAGCAUGCUGGGAGAAUCCAGAGCAUCUGGUCCAGACUACAGGAGAGAGGGCUGAGGAACCAGUGUGAGAGCAUCCGGGGCAGGAAGGCCACGCUGGAGGAGCUGCAGUCCGUCCACUCGGAGCGCCACGUCCUGUUGUACGGCACCAACCCCCUCAAUCGGCUCAAGCUGGACAACCGCAAGCUGGCCGGAAUCCUGUCCCAGAGGAUGUUUGUGAUGCUGCCCUGUGGGGGUGUUGGGGUGGAUAACGACACCAUCUGGAACGAGCUUCACACAUCCACAGCCUCCCGCAUGGCGGCUGGCAGUGUGACCGAGUUGGCGUUCCGAGUGGCCAAGGGAGAGCUGAAGAACGGUUUUGCAGUCGUCAGACCACCAGGACACCACGCGGACCACUCAAGCCCCAUGGGAUUCUGCUUCUUCAACUCAGUGGCCAUCGCCGCCAAACAGCUCCAGCAGAAACUGAGUGCCAGCAAGAUUCUCAUCGUGGACUGGGAUGUGCACCAUGGCAACGGUACCCAGGAGGUCUUUUACAACGACCCCAGCGUGCUGUACAUCUCGCUCCAUCGCUAUGACGAUGGGAACUUCUUCCCCGGGAGUGGGGGCCCAACUGAGGUGGGCACUGGUCCUGGGGUGGGCUUCAAUGUCAACGUGGCAUGGACAGGCGGUCUGGACCCUCCCAUGGGGGACGCGGAGUACCUGGCUGCUUUCAGGACUGUGGUGAUGCCCAUUGCCCAGGAGUUCUCCCCUGACGUGGUCCUUGUGUCGUCCGGGUUUGAUGCUGCCGAAGGUCACCCCCCGCCUCUUGGAGGUUACCAGGUGUCUGCAAAAUGUCAGUACAUUCAGCACGUUCCGAACGUUUCCCUUAGUGGGGGGAGGCUGGUGCUCGCGCUGGAGGGGGGCCACGACCUGACGGCCAUCUGCGACGCCUCGGAGGCCUGCGUCAACGCGUUGCUGGGCAAUGAGGGGGAGCCCCUGUCCCAGGAGGUGCUGCGGAAGAGGCCCAGCGUUAACGGGGUGCGCUCGCUGGAGAGAGUGCUGCAAGUACAGGGUCAGUACUGGAAGUCCGUCCUGCGGUUCGCCUCUACAGUGGGUCUGUCCUUCCUGGAGGCUCAGAAACACGACACGGAGGAGAACGACACAGUCACUGCUCUGGCCUCGCUCUCGGUGGGGGUCAACCCCGCACUGGUCAUCACAGACAAGAGGCCUCCAGAUGACCCCAUGGAAGAAGACGAUGAUGAUGAUGACUCUUUGUAGGGAGCACUGACCCUCAGCCUUUGAACUCCGUGUGGCAGAAAGCCAUUCCCCUCUGAGCUCUGGUACUAUGCAACAUCCCAACAGGUUGUACUCUGGGUCCUGCCUCACAAUCUCCACACCAACUGUGCCUCACACAGCAAAAUACAGCAUUGCCUUAAUGCACCCAAGAAACCAUUCCAAGAGUACAGACCAAGGACGUGGCUCUGUGGCCUACGCAUUUUCCAAAUAUAUGUGUUCUUUUUCUGAUUCGUUUGAUCAAGCACAACUUUUUGAGCCAUGGAGGUGGAAUAAACAUUAAUGUGUAUAUAUAUAUAUUAAAAAGGAUUUUACACACCAACAAGCCUGUACCACGAUGUCAAGAAUUGUUGUUUUUUCUUCUGAAGAGACCAAUGCUGUUUUUUGAGCAUUCCAGACUUUUGGGAAUUCCGCAGACUCUUGUCUCCCUGUCCCGGGGAGCCCUGAGUCCCAUGUUUGGGCAGGAUUAAGUACUGCUGCAAGCCUGGCACUGCAGUAGCCAGAUCCUACAGGUCCAGCAUAUCCAAAGUCCUCUGCUUCAGCCACGGACCACAUUCAAAAGGUUCUUUUGAAGUGUUGGGUUUCAGUCAAGCCUUAUAAUCACCAGCUGUCAUGCAAUCCGGGUGCUACUGAAGACUGUCGGUGAGCCCCCACCUGUGGAAAAGUCUUGUUUUCUAGGAUAAGAAAGAGACAUGCGUUUCACAACGAGGAGGGGGGGGGGGGCAGGAUCCGGGAGACGACAGAACCUUUUGAUAUUCACUUGCAGCCACUGUGGAAUUUUGUGGUUCAUUUUUUUAAAUUAAUUAUUGUAGUAAUUUAACCACUAAAAAACAAAAGAGGAAGAAACGAAAAAGCGGCACCGCAAUCUGUGGUCUGUGACUUUGCACUGUUCAUUCCAAAAUGUGAACAAUUAAGCUUUCCAGCUUUGGAAACAUCUAGGUUAUUUAAUUCUUCAUAAGACUUGUACUUAAAAAUAGUAGGCUUUUUAUUUUAAAAGUAACUUUGACAUUCUUCUUUUAUAUAUAAAAAGGCAUUUCUUUUUGGCCAGACCGAGGUCAAAGUGAAGACCAAAGACUUUUUGUGUUUCAUUCCAGUAUGGUUUGAGGAUCAUCCAGUACUUGUACCAUCUCUUUGCCAGUUGCCUUCCACGCCUACAUGCAUUGACCCUGGAUUGCGUAUGAUGGCCAGUCCAUAUUUCUGAUACAUUAGGCUGAGAUCCAGCUUGGCAGGGGUCAGACCCAGCAUGUAGAUCUGAAAGCCUCAAUCCCUUUUCACAGACUGUGGGACCAGUGGGCCACCUUGAUCUUAAGGAGGAAGAAAACGCGUUCGACUGAUUUAUACAAGUUGGCUUUGGAAGGCGACGCAUAAUCGGUCUUCGCCUUGAAGCCUGUGACUGUGUGGGCUGCUGGUGCCACAAACACGCUAGCCUAGGGCUUGACAGAAUGGUAAUGCACUUAGCACAAGUCUUAGAUGAGCAACAAAAGAAAGUGGGAUUGCAUUGCUUGCAAUCCAACACUCCCUUAUGCUUAAAAAAAUCAUUCCUAUUUGCUAUUGAUUGUAUUAAAAAAAGACCAGUAUUUUAACCUGUGGAUAAAUGAACCUACUGUAUUGUAUAUUUGUUUUUAAUUUCUCUACUUCAAAGCAAAUGAAAAAUGUUAAAGUGUAGUAUUUGGUGGGAUCACAACUCAACUAAGAAAAAACUGUAUAAAAAAAAACUAAGGGUAUUUUACCUGUACAAAGCCACCUCAUACUAUAAAAAUGUCAUCAGGAAAAGUUCAUAUACUCUCUGACUCUAUUGGUUUAUCUUGAGCGUUUGAUACAGAAUGCAUUGUUCUCUUGUCAAGCCAGUUGAAAAACCCAACCUGAACCAGGUUAGAUAUUGUUACAGUAAGACUGUGAGCCGGAAAAGGCCGGAGGUCUGCGUUUGUACCGCGCUGCGGAGUCCGUUACAGAGUGGAUCAGAAGCACCUCGCGAGUUUUCUGCUCCUGCAACUUAGAAACACUGGAGCCAAGGAGAGACUAAUGCACCCGGUGGAGCCAAGCCUGAUGUGGCAGUGCUGCUCUCACUGAGCUCUUCGCCUUUUAAUCUUGUUAUCACAGUGUGCAUCCGCAAGAUCCACUUCUGUUGUGGGGUCCUUCUAUAGGAGUGCUCAGUGAGAUAUUUUAAAAAAAAUAGGUUAUGGAUUACUAUUAGUUUAGGAAACAGACUUGCCAGGGCAGCAUGGUGAGAAACUGUAUUGUUGAAAGGGUAUGUGACAUUGCCAGAUUUACACGGGGUAGAGAGCUGACAAAGCCUGCAGAUCCAUGUCCCUGCUCUGUUGAAAUGCUGUUUGUUUCAUGUGUUUCCUCUAAGCAGGUCUGGCCAAUGGCCAGCACUAUCUGAAAGUGUAACACUGUCCCGUGUGUAGAUUGCUUUCCCCCCAUGAACUGCAGAUUAGUACUUUCUCUGGCUGCAGUCUGACUCGCCCCGGCUUACCAGUGUAGAACACCAUGUGCAGGCGAGAGCAGGCCCAUCUAGUUCAUUUGGGUUGGAGUAGCUAAUUGAACUGAGGCUCUCUCGCCCAGCCAGUUUUUGCCUUUGAAAUCUAGGAUUUCACCUUGAGCAUCAUGGGUGGGCAGCUUGUUCCAGACACCUACGGCCCUGUGCAUAACAGAAGUAUUUCCUGCUUUCAGUUUUAAUUUCACUUCUGUGUGGUUUCUGUCCUCUGGUUUGUGUUCCUGUGUCUUUAAGGCUAUCAUCCGAUUAGUAGUUUUACACCCACUGUCCAGUCAGGUCUGAGCAACAUCGGGUGCAAUUCAGGACCCUGGGCAGCCUUUGCCCACCAGAUUCCAUAGGACUGUAUCAAAGCAUCUAAUCACUCGAGUCUCACAGCUGCACUGGUGAUGGCCAUUGGUGUUCUCCCUCUCUUUUCCAUUCCUGCACGCUGCAAAGGGGCAGACUGGAGACGUAAGGAUGUAGAAUGUGCUCUAUGCAAUACAUCUCUCGUGCCCUGCUCCCUGCACUCCAGAGGGCCCCUUCGGUCUUAAUCAGCGAGGUAUUUAGUGCUCUUUGUACAUAGCUAUAUAGCUCUCAAGACCAAAACCCUUCACCAAUGUGCCUUGAAUUGUUUAAUAGACUUUCUGUAGAUCUAGCCUCCAUAAACUGGAUUUUUCAAAAAAAAAUCUUCUAAUUUUUUUCCUCUAUGUACAGAUGAGAAUGACAAUGUUUAUUUUGUACUGUGGUUUCUCGCCUUUAUUAAAAGGGAAAAAAACUCUG